CCGCACUUUUCUCGAUAUUUUGAUGCGAACUCGACGUCUCAGUCUCCGCCCAACUUGCGGUUAAAUCGAUUGAUUCUCGUGUUCGAUAUAUCUCGAUAACAUCAAUUCAAAAUGAAGCACCUCGCCGCUUACCUCCUCCUCGCCCUUGCUGGCAACACCUCCCCCUCCGCUGAGGAUGUCAAGGCCGUCCUCUCUUCCGUUGGCAUUGACGCCGAUGAGGAGCGCCUGAACAAGCUCAUUGCUGAGCUCGAGGGCAAGGACCUCCAGGAGCUCAUUGCUGAGGGUUCCGCCAAGCUCGCUUCCGUUCCCUCCGGUGGUGCUGCCGCCGCUGCUCCUGCCGCUGGCGGUGCCGCUGCCGGUGGUGCUGCUGCUCCUGCCGCUGAGGAGAAGGAGGAGGAGAAGGAGGAGUCCGAUGAGGACAUGGGCUUCGGUCUCUUCGACUAAGCGCGUUCAUAUAUACAAGCGCAGCAAAAAUCAUGAGAUUUGGUGGGGGAACAGAAAUCUGGCGGUUAUUUUCAGUAUGGGGAGUAAACUCGCCCAUUGGUGCCGAUCAGUCUGUAUGCCUUCAGGCUUUUCGGAUGCAGUUACGAGCAUGCAUAUAAGAGCUGGAAAGAGCUUUUAGGCCAAUACAGAUUAUGUGACCCUCUACUAAUUCACGUUCAUGUUCGACGUAGACUUGUCCAUGUAAGCUCAAGAUAUCGAAGCGUAUAAGUACGUGUGAGUGUAGCGGGAGAAAAAUAAUUGAACGCGAGUCACAAUAUCCUAUUGUCUAAAAGCGCAACCUCGC